CAGCCGCAACUGUUCGUUUCUAAUCAAAAAAAUAAACAAAUGUUUAUAUAUGUAAUGUAUUGUAUUGAAAGUCAGCAAAAUGAAAUUCUGUUUUAAAAACCACAGAAAUUCUUAACUCUGAAUUGAAUUUUAAGUGAUUUGCCUCUUAAAAUGAAAUUACAAUGAGAGUAAAUAGCAAACAGUAUGAACAUUUAUAUGCGAGCAGCAUAGUAGUCUGCUUAGUUUUUUAUAAAUUAUUAUAAAAUAAUGACUUAAUUAAUUAUCCUAUCAUAUAAAAAUUCAAAUAUGAACAACAAAUAUUUUGUUAGUAAUUAAAAAGAGCUGAUUUGAAGUGGUCUUCAGUACAAUAUGGAUUCAAAAGUAAAUCCAACACUUCAGCAUUCCUUCAACUCUUGCAAGAAAUUUCGAAUUACUUUUCAAAGGAAAUAUGAUUAUGAGUGGCAAAAGUUGGAUUUACAGGAAGCACUGUUUAACUUCGAAAAAUUGGAGGAAUCAUUCAACAAGCUCCUUGAAAAUGAGGAAAUAACUUUCCACCCAAAAACCAAUUCCCACCGGACGGCUUCAGAAUUGUGUAACUAUCCAUAUGACAGAGAAUGCAGAUGUAUGUUUUGCCUACAAAGUGAUAGAGUUUCUGCUGAAAUAAAAGAUCCAAAUAUUGAAGAUUAUGAUUCUUCAAGUUUUAUAAACUCUUGGACCUGGGACUCAGAAAUAACUUCUGUACAAAUUAAAGAUUGCUUAAAGAUUAUUCAGAACGAACAAAGAUUGCUAAUAUCAGAUGCAGUUUGUUCUACACUUUUCUCUUCUUUGCUUCGAAGUCGCUUACUUAUUCUUCAUCGAUACUUUUCUGCAUAUCCUCAGGGAGCUUUGAUACCUCACGAUUAUGUUAACAAUAAAGCAAAGUCAUGUGAAGAAUCUGAUUGUACAACUGAUGAACAACCUCUGACAACUCUUGCAAAAAUAGGAUGCAAUAUUGCCAUGAGCUUUGCAUUUACUUCUUUAAGACGGGCAUGGAGGUCUGGAGAAGAUGCUGACCUUUGCAGUGAGCUUCUAUGUGAGACUUUAAAUGCUUUGAAAGUUCUUCCAGAAGGUUCCUUUUUCGAUUGCACUUCAAUAUCACCCAUAUGGCUUGAAACAAUUGAACGUGCAUCCAUAUUUCUUCGGAAUGUUGUUCUCGAAGACUUUCCUAGCAGCGUCAACUUUUCUAAAGAAAAUGUUUCACUGAAAGAUAAGCAAACUAUUUUAGCUUUAUUAUUUGAAUUUGCCAUACAGCGUGCAAGUCUUCAUGAUAUAUUAGAUGUCAUUUUAAUUCUUCUUAAAUUAUGGACGAAGCAACCACCGGAACUCAACAAUAGGAUUAUUGAAUUUGAUUCAUGGAAAAAACUUUGUAAAUACUUGAAGAAGUCAUUGGAACCUGCUGAGCUUAACAUAUCAGAGGAAUCUGAUGUUCAAUGUAGUCCAACAGAAUUAUUCUUAAAUUUUUUAUCAAUUUCUGAAGAAGAUGAUGAUCAGUUAAAUAUGCUGGAAAUUGCUAUUUAUAUAUUGUGUACUUUAGAACAAUAUUCAUUAAUAAAUUCUCCUAUUCAAGAAAAAGAGGCCAUCAAUUCCCCACCUGAUAUAUACUGCCUUGGAGACUUAGAAUGGAGUCAUGAUAGUUAUGAGAUUCACAAAUGUAAAAAAUUAUCAGAGAUGAAUAUAUGUCAAAUAGCUUGCUCAAAUGCCUGCCUACUUAUUUUGACAAAAUUUGGAAAAGUUUAUUUGAUGAGAAAUGCUACAACUGAGGUUCCUAAGAUUCCCUUAUUAGUGAAAGGCUUUGAUGGCAAAAAAGUUGUAGAAAUCGCUACCAAUUUAGAUUCUAGACAUUAUCUGGCAUUAACAUGCGAUGGCAGUGUCUAUUCAUGGGGACUUGGUGAUGGUGGUCGACUUGGCCAUGGAGAUAACAAGUCCUCACCCUUUCCUAAAUUAAUAAGUUCCUUAUAUAAUAAACACAUUAGAAAGAUAUUUUGUGGAGCUAGUCAAAGUGCUGCUUUAAGCUCAUCAGGCGAAUUAUACACUUGGGGAAAAGGCAAAAAUGGUCGUCUGGGACAUGGCACAAAUGAAGAUUGUCUUUUGCCUACUUUAGUAACUGCGUUUAAAGAAUGUUGCAUUGUUGAUAUGUGCUUUGGGCGAGAUUCAGUUAUUGCUGUCAAUUGUACAGGCACUGUUUACGUGUGGGGAGAAGAGGAUUCUCAAAAUUCCUGUGAUAUGCAACCCAGAGUUUUUGAAAAAUUAAAGAAUGUUAAUAUUACUAAUGUAUAUAGUGGUGGUCUUUUGAAUGUAGCCUUAUCACAAAAUGGUUCUGUGCAUGUAUGGCAUACAUGGAGUGUAAACGGAAAUCGACUUGUUCUUUCUAGUGAGGACCAACACAGAAUCCUUAAACUAGUCGAUGGUCUAGCAGGAAAGAAAAUCUCACAUAUAUCUGUCAGUUCUAGUCAUUUCAUAGCUGUUACUGCAGAAGGCAAUGUUUAUGGUUGGGGGCAAAAUGACAAAGGUCAACUGGGAAGUUGUUCUUCUGAAUUUAAGUUAAUUGCUACCUUUCCAGGAAAAAACAUACAGGCUUGUGCCGGGAAUAAAAAAACUAUCUUUUGGUGCUCAGACGAGCUUGGAAUUCUACAGCUGAAAGUUCCUUAUAGCAUAGAUGUAUCUCCAAUUACAUUUAAACUUCUUAAUGAGCUUCUUCAGUUUGUGUCUUAUAAUGAGCUCACUGAGAGUGUUAUAAGAAAUGCAUUUGAAAAAGAGUGCAUUGCUGUAUCCUGCCUAAAUCUUUUAAAACUUCAGCUUCAUUCUGCCAUCAAUAAUAAAGUUCAUAGUGAGAUUUAUGGUGACUCAGCAGUUUUGUGCAGCUUAAAACAACAAAUCAUUGACUUCAUUGUAAAGCCUAAUGUUCCUCACACAGUCCAAAAGGUUGCACUGAAUGUUUUGAAAGUUGGUUGGAAUGCUCUGAUACCCACUGCAGAAGAACAUGUUAAAGAACUUUCUCUUCUUUUAUCUGAUGUCUCAAAAUUCAACUCAGAUUGUGGACAUUAUUCUGUGUGUGAACUAUUAUUAGAAGGUUUAUUAGAAGAUGGAGGAUUAGAAUCAGCAUUUUGUAAUGCAAUAAGAUCUGAAUUGGAAGAAGCAGAAUUCAUAAACAUGGACAGCAGUGUUACUCUCAAGAAAGAAAUUAACAAUUUAAUAAAGUCAGAAGUUGAUUCUAGUCAAUUGGAAACCAUGUGUGAUAAUACAUCUUCUGAUAAUUACUUAAACUCUUCAUCAAAGUUUCCUCUUUUACAUCUUCUUCAACAACUAAUGAGAAAUAUUUCAUUUCAUACUGAAAAGAAAUUAGAAGAAAGCUGUUCUAAAUGGGCUGAGAGUUUAUCUGGCAGUUCAUCAUCCAUACAACUGCUUUUAAAGUUUCAAAGACUUUUAGUCUUUCAAUUCUAUGUCUUAUCAGAGUUUUUUUGUGAUAUUAAACCUGAAAAAGAGGAAGAAUCCAGAAUUUGUAAUGCGCAGUUCUUAGCUUUGACUUCCCUCAUCAAGAAAUAUGUUAGUUCACUAAUUUCUAUUGUGAAUAAGACAAUUGUAUUGGCUCAUUCCGUAGCUGGUUAUGAUCUUCAUCGCUUCAUAAAUGUCUCUACUAUUUUAGAGAGCGAUAUCUCAGGAGUUCUUUUACAUGAGUUGCUGAUUUGUUUAAUUCAACUGGAAUUGCUACACCCAAAUUUAAUUCAGAAAUCAUUAUUGCUGCCGAUUCUUACACAAUUGCAUAGUAAUUUAGGGAAGUUUAACCGUUUAGCUCCUGGAUUAGACAAAGAAAAUGUGGCUGAUUUAUUGAUGGGGAAAACGUUUGCUACAUAUCUAUAUCAACAAACAAAAGAAACAAAUGGUGAACAAGACUUAAUUUUUAAAUCUGAUCUUGACAAUCACAACAAAAGUGGUGGAUUUUGGAGGGUUUUAGAAGGAAAAGUUUAUGACCUUCAACAAUUUUCCUUACCUAAUUCUAACAUCAAUUUUAAGGAUUUCUCAGGUAUUGAUAUUACUGAGGUUAUUAAGAAAGCUGAUCUAACUGAUUCACAAAAAUUGCUCUUAGAGGGAAAAUGUAUUGGAAAAUACUGUGAUUAUAAUUCUAAAACUUUCCAAAAAAUGGGAUGCUGGAACUUCUCUGGAAGGUUGGUUGAUGUUGAAAGGAAUCUGAGCUAUCUCCUUGGACUUGGUGUGAGAAAUUCGAUCAUCAGCUGCGAUAUUAAACAAUGUGAGAAAAAAUACUGGAAAUGGAUGACCUCAACUUUGAUGCAAGGUGGCCUCUUAACUGGGCAAGAUUUAAACAAAGACUGUAAUUUACCUACUAUUAAACCAAUAGAGUCAAGUUCUAAAGAAACUAAUGUGAAAGAAAAACCUAAUGAUUUAGUUUCGUCUUUUGAUCGCCAAAUGCAGUUUCUUCGAAAUAUCGAGGAAAGCAGGCUAAGUGAUCCCCAUGUUAAAAAAUUCUUCUAUUUAUCCCAGGAAUUUUAUAAAGAAAAGUGUUACCAUUUCCAUCAAAAUUUCCCUAUUGAUCACCCACUGGAGGAAAUAUCUCGCCUUGUUACUGCAUUAUUGUUGAAACAUUUGAAUAUUGUCGAUGUCUGUCUGUCACUUUCUGAAAAGGACUCUACUGACUUACCUCCUGAGCUACAACUUGUUUUGAGGAAGUGCUAUCAGCUAAAAUAUAGAAUAAUUAAAAUGCGUCAAGAUAAUAAUGCAUCCUAUAAAGAGGUUUGCAUAGACAUUUAUAGAAGAUGCAGAUUUUUAAUUAGUGAAAUCCGACCUGCAAUGAGUUAUGAAGUUCUUGCUGUUUCUAAGUUUAAAAAUUAUUCUGUUGGGAUAAAGUGGAAACAAAUAGUUCAUUCCCUAAUUAAGAAUCGAAGGCGAUCAAAAAUUACCAAAGAAGCAUCGGACAGUGUUAAUCAUUUCUUAGAAAAACUAGAAAGCAAAUUCAAGCAGGUCAAUGAAUUACAUUCUAAAGGACUUUCUUGUUCCAACAAUAUGGACCGAAUUGAAAAACUUGCAAAUGAACUAGUUGAUUUUCUUUUUGAUAAUACUAUUGAUCUAAAAGAAUUAAGGUCUGCUCUUUAUUCACAGAUUAAAAGAGCUAAAGUUCGUCAAGAAGGUUUCAAGUCAUUAUUUUUCUUAUUGAAAGAUGAUAAUCAAACUGCUUCCAUGAAGUAUUCUCUAUUAAGUGGAUUGUUGGAACUCAAUGUUAUUGGUUUUGAAAAAAGUCACCCUAUACCUCAUUGCUUGGAAAACCUUAACUGUAUAUCUCCAUAUUAUAAAGCUGUUCUUCAAUCCCAACAAAGUGAAUUUUUGUCGUGGGUCAUAAUCAGUCUACGAUCUUGUGUUUUCCAAAUGGAAAUGCUAAAUUCUCAAUUGUCAUCGAAGGAAAAGAAGAACCAAGAGAAAGCUGGUGCAAAACAUCAAACUUCAAUUUUAAACCAAAUUAAAGAGAUAAAUGAUAAAAGCAUAGACUCAAAUCUUUCACCUUUAAUUCGUUUCAUAUCUAUUUAUAUUUCUGUCCUGUUUGGAAAUCUUUCUUCUUUACAAGUUGGACUCAUAUCAAGUUCUGGUGUAUUUGCACUUGUUCAAACUCUUCUUCGUAUCAUAGUCUUAANUUUCAUAUCUAUUUAUAUUUCUGUCCUGUUUGGAAAUCUUUCUUCUUUACAAGUUGGACUCAUAUCAAGUUCUGGUGUAUUUGCACUUGUUCAAACUCUUCUUCGUAUCAUAGGUCCAACAGUGAGUGCUGAACAAACAAAAGGAAGCAUCAAACAAUUCAUUAUUCUGGAAGAAAUCUAUGACAAAAAUCCUCUUCAAGCUCCUUUAAGAGGACCUGAAUUAGCUGCUGUCAUGAAGGUUGGAACUCGAGUUGUUAAAGGAGACGACUGGCAGUGGGAUAAUCAAGAUGGACCUCCCCCGGGUAUUGGCACUGUGAUUGGAGAACUGGGGGAUGAUGGUUGGAUCAGAGUGCAAUGGGAUACUGGCACAACCAAUUCUUACAGAAUGGGAAAAGAAGGAAAAUUUGAUCUGAAAUUGGCUGAUUCUCCUCCUCCUUCUCAAGAGGAAACAAAACCCCUCUCUAUUGAAGGAGAUGUUUGUCGAACCUGCUCUUGCCCACCUACUGCAAUUCUAAAGAACCUUUGUAUUCUGCUUUCAAAAUACAUUUCUGCCCACCUGAGUCUCUAUGCUGAUCAAGUACCAAAGUUUUGCCUAAAUUCUCUAUCUGGUCUUCUGAAAGAGAUUUUAAACUCUAUUUAUGAUGAUAACAACCAAGGUCAAAGAAAUAUGUCAUAUUCUCUUUCAAUGGAGCAACAUAAAACAUGGGCUUCUUUGAAUUUUAUCCAAGCAAUAGCUUGCACUUCUGAUAUGUGCAAUGCAUUGAGUACACAAGCUUGGAUUAAUUUGUUAAUGAAAAUUAUAUCUGAUCCUCAGCUUUUGACAGGAGAAUUGAUGAUAUCUAAGAUGCAGAGUUUAAGACUCUUCAAAAGAAUAAUCUGCUUUUGGUCAACUAGUUAUUGCUAUGACCGCUUCAAUGAAAUUGUGGAGUGGUUGUUUGAUUUACUUGGAGAUAUACUUUUAAAUACCUCUAAAGACAUAUCUCUUCAUCCUAAAGAAGUCCCUUGGAGAGGGAAAUGGGAAUUUCGUCCUAAAGUGUCAUUAGUUGCAUCUCAUUGCAGUACAUUAGCUGAAGAGAUUAUAUCUCUCAUUCGUCAUCUUCAGUCACUUACUGCAUGGAAAACUUUUAUCAUAAAAUAUUUAUUAGAUCACCUGGAAUCACUGCCAGAAAUGAUAUCACAAUUGUUUGACUUUAGUGGAUCUUUGCAUCCCAAGAAGUAUGGUAGCUGCUUAGCUGUAUUAUCUGUUAUUGGAGGUGUUGACAUAAGAAUACGCUUAGGUGGACAAGUACUCAGUUCUGAUGGCUCAAUAAAUUCUAGUGGAUCUUUGCAUCCCAAGAAGUAUGGUAGCUGCUUAGCUGUAUUAUCUGUUAUUGGAGGUGUUGACAUAAGAAUACGCUUAGGUGGACAAGUACUCAGUGCUGAUGGCUCAAUAAAUUCUGUAAUUAGUAUUUUCCCAAGAGGAAAACUUAAUCUUCAUUCCCCUUCUGGUAAAACACCAAUGGAGGAAUUUUUUCAUCAAGUUUCUUUUGUUCCAUCUUCAAAGUUUCAGCUUGCUGAUGAAUUAGUAUCAGACAAAAUACUAGAUGUUUGGGCUUUUCUUAUUGGAUUGGCCAUUGAUGAAAACUUUGAAAUAAGAAGCAAAGGGAACUCUCUAACUUCCCCUUCUUCAAACAGUCCAAAAUUAAAUAUUAACUAUCUGCAGCAACAAUAUUUGCUUUUAUAUCUGAUGAAAGCAGUGCGAGUUCUAUUUGGAAAUCAACAAUUUCUACACAAAGUGUUAAUACGAACAUGCAACUUGAAAUCUCAAUCUGAUUUCUUGUUAUCCACUAUGUUUUCUUCCUCGAUGAAAAGUUCUGGUGAGUCAAGUGAUAACAUGCUAUUGUUGCAUUGUCUAAUGGCUGCUGCUAAUCAACCGUCUCCAUUGAAAUCAACAUUUUCAAAAGAGGAAAUAGAGAAUGGGGCAUUGGCUGUAUCUCAAUAUCUUAUGGGAGUUACUUCUCUUAAUUGCGUGUCUUUCAUGAAAGAAUCUCACAUCACCACAUCAACCAGUAGUGGCUGCAGUUGUCCCAUAAACAUAGAACCUAAGCACUCACAAUUUUUAAUUCAGCCAUCAAACAAACUGCAUGGAACUCAUACGAAAUCCGAGCCUAAUGGCAUGCAGAUGUUUUAUGACAUGGGAUUCACGAGGCGAACUGUACAAUCUGCAUUCAGAGCUCUUGGUAUUUCAGAAGAUGAUGUUAACAUUUCUAAUAAAAUAGAAGCUAUAAUUACCUGGUUGUUGGAACAUGAAGCUUUAUCUGCAGAUUUAUCUGAUGAUGAUAGCUCAACAUCCUUUGAAGCUUACUCUGAUUCAGAUUCUUUUACAUGUGAUGAUGAUGCUGAUGUUGACCGUUAUGUAAUGANUAUUUCAAAUGUUUAUUUUAUUAUAAAAUAUUUUUUAUAUUAUAUUGUGUUUAUAGGUAUUUCAGAAGAUGAUGUUAACAUUUCUCAUAAAAUAGAAGCUAUAAUUACCUGGUUGUUGGAACAUGAAGCUUUAUCUGCAGAUUUAUCUGAUGAUGAUAGCUCAACAUCCUUUGAAGCUUACUCUGAUUCAGAUUCUUUUACAUGUGAUGAUGAUGCUGAUGUUGACCGUUAUGAUAGUGAAUAUUUGAGUAGAGAAAAUUUUUCUAGUGAUCAGGAAUAUUUGAGAUACAUGAUGACUCACUUAAGAUUAGGAUUUUGGGUAAGAUGCAUACAAGACACUCCUGGACUCAGAGAAGGCGAUGUUGGUGUUGUUAUUGAUCUUAAUACAUCUUCUCUUGUGCGUGUGGAAUGGAAGCGCACUGCAAAGAAAACUUGGACAAAAUGUUAUGUGCUGGAGAUUAUCUCUUGUCGUUCAAAUAAAAGCACAGCAGUCCCUUAUCCCAGCAUAUUUGAAAUUGGACAAUUAGUUAAAGUAAAGGCCUCUGUUAGUGUACCAUUUUUUGGAUGGGGAAGUGUGACUCCAGAUUCUGUUGGUGUUAUUAGAGCAUUGAAAUCUGAUGGGAAGAAAGUGAUUGUUGAUUUUUCCACCCAGAGGUCUUGGAGAUGCUUAGCAUCAGAGUUAGAGCAAGUUACUGCCUGUCCUGAACUACGAUGUGCAGCUUGCCAGGUGCAGUUGUUUAACCGACCUUAUUAUGCAUGUAGGAUGUGCAGCUUCUACUUCAUUUGUUCCAAAUGUCAAAAUGAUUUGCACACUCACAUGCACAAAAUGUAUUUAGUCAAAAAUUCAGAUCUCUAUCUGUUUGCAUCAAAUAAAGGAUUUAUAAAAUGUUGGAGAACAUGUGUGAAUUCCGUAACUGUCUCCUCCAGAGAGGAUCUAGCAUACAGACUAACUGAUGGAUCUGUUUACUCUUGGCAUGGCUCUGGGAAGCAUGGCAAGCAUUGGAUACGACUAGAAAUGCAGCCAGACAUUAUUAUACAGCAUUUGCAUAUGGCUAUAGACCCAACUGAUAUUAGCUGCAUGCCUUCUAUUGUUGUUGUAAAUGGUGGUCCAUCUGUACAUAACAUGAAAGAAUUGCAUACCAUUUAUGCUGGACUGAACGAUUUUAGUCUUAAUCUUCUAUGUGAGCAGUCGGAGUAUUAUCAGUUUAUAGAAAUAAAUAUAAAACAGUGCAGGAACAGAGGUAUUGAUUGCAAAAUCCAAGGACUCACUAUCAUUGGUCAAAAGAGAAGUGAAAAAGAAGACUUCUCCAAUUUUCCUUACUUAAUAUCAGAUGAGCAAGAUGACAAGGCAGCACCAAAGGACCUUCAGACGAAAGUUUUUGUUUGGGGACUGAAUGACAAAGAUCAACUAGGGGGCUUACAGGGCUCAAAGAUAAAACUUCCUGUUUUUUCUGAAACUCUAUCUUCCUUAAAGCCUUUGGCAAUAUCCGGAGGAUCUAAAAGUUUGUUUAUAGUUUCCCAAGAUGGAAAAGUGUACGCCUGUGGAGAGGGGACAAAUGGUCGACUUGGUGUCGGUAGUUUUGUCACUGUUCCAUCUCCCAAGUUGAUCACGGGACUGCAAUGUCACAUAGUUCGAAAAGUUGCAGUUCAUUCAGGUGGACGACAUGCUCUUGCUUUAACUGUUGAUGGAAAAGUAUUUUCUUGGGGAGAAGGAGAUGAUGGAAAGCUAGGACUUGGAAAUACUGUAAAUCAUAAGCGACCACACAUGAUUUUGAGUUUAAGCUCAAAACGCAUACGUGAUGUGGCCUGUGGCAGUGCUCACAGUGCAGCAAUAAGCUCUUCUGGUGAACUUUUUACUUGGGGUCUUGGAGAUUAUGGAAGAUUAGGACAUGGUGAUGUCGUUACACAAACUACACCAAAACAGGUUGCUAAAUUAGCUGAUAAAAGAGUGAAGCAAGUGUCUUGUGGAAGUAGAGAUGCUCAGACUCUUGCUUUGACCGAUGAUGACAUGGUUUACUCUUGGGGAGAUGGAGAUUUUGGGAAGCUGGGUCGAGGUGGAAGUGAAGGUUGCCUCGAACCCAUGAAUAUUGAGUCCUUAAACGGUCUUGGUGUUGUCCAAAUUGAGUGCGGUGCUCAGUUCUCAUUGGCUCUCACAAGUGCUGGUCAAAUAUGGACAUGGGGUAAAGGUGACUAUUUUAGAUUGGGGCAUGGUGAUGAAAAUCAUGUUAGGAAACCUCAGGUGAUGGAACCCUUGAAGGGGAAAAAAAUUGUACACGUUGCUGUUGGUGCUCUUCAUUGCUUGGCUGUUACAGAUACCGGACAAGUAUAUGCUUGGGGAGACAAUGAUCAUGGUCAGCAAGGUAAUGGGACAACCACAGUCAACCGCAAACCCUCACUGGUCCAGGGAUUGGACAAUGUGAAGAUCACCAAAGUAGCCUGUGGCUCUUCACAUAGUGUUGCCUGGAUAACAUAUGAAAUGAAAAAUCCGAAAGCCAAUGAACUUGUAUUUUUCCCUGUGUCUCACGAUCCUUUAGGAGCUGUGUCAUCAGUUAAGAAAAAUGAUUCUGAAAUUCAAGAAACGAAAGAAUCACCUAUCAAAUGUAAAGCGUUUCUAUCAAAUCAAAAAGAAUCGACUCGACCUUCUUUGUCGAGAAUUAUUUUAUCUUCUUUGUCUGAUGUGGAAAAACAACAAGGCCUCCAAAAUCUCUUGCAUGCGUUACAGAUUCAUAUUGCAAGGGAAGCAGUGGUGUCUGCAUUUACACCUCAUGCAGGCCUUGCAUUGUCACUGAAUAAAGAGAAUUCAGUAUCUUUUAAACAGGAUAUAGAAUCACUCUUUUCAGAUAUUUCUGACAUAAGCAGAGUAAGUCAUGUACUGGCUAAUGAAAACAACUCUCUCAUCAAAGGUUCUAAAACUCCAAGCGAUGAUGAAGAACGCUUGUCUAGGUUUUCAUUUAACUCUAUGUCAAGCUCUGGAGGUUCUUCAUUGAAAGCUUCACCAACAUCUAUUUUGAGAAGUGUUGCAAGCAAAAUAUCAAAUUAUGAACCUGUCUGUCCUCUAAUGGUUGCCCCUGAAAUAGAUACAGAAGAUUUUGCAAACAUUCUUUCACUAGAUGAGGUUCGCGUCUUGAUAGAUUUGUUGAAGUUGGCCGUAGCUGGAAGGAUGAAUGAAAAUGCAAAGGAUGUUCUUUCAACUGUGCUGGGGAAUCUGAGCAAAACCUGUAGUCCUAUUCGAGAAAUGAUUUUAGAAGCUUGUGUUACCGAACUUGAAGAUGUUACCGAAGAUCUUUCAACGAGACGCAAGAUGCCCAAUCCUGUUGUUCAAGAAUCUCCACAUCCAUACCCUGACAAUGCUAUGUUACAUGGCACUGUUAAAAUUCCUGAUGCUGUGUAUUUGAGAGUAGAAUUUGAUCGACAAUGUUCUACCGAGCGUCGACAUGAUGCCUUGAAAAUAUUUGAUGAAAAGUCUAAACUUAUUGCUAUUAGAUCAGGUAGAGAUUGGGCUGAUUGGUGUAGUAAUUUACACAUUCCUGGAAAUGAGUUACGCUGGAAAUUUGAUACUGACGGAUCUGUAAAUGGCUGGGGAUUCCGGUUUACUGUAUAUCCAGUUCUUCCUCAGUGUUUAAACGAAGACAUAUCCGAUAGAUCUAUCAUGUCAAGCCCAUCCAUUGAAUUAGUACAAUCUCUUCUGGAGAAACAAAUCUUUUUAUCUUCUGAUGGGAAAGUGUUAUCUCGGCUUGCAUCUUCUCUGGCUUCUUGUGCACAACUGGGCUCACUGAAUCCUUGUCAAAGAAUGUGGGCUCUACAUAAACUUCGCCAAUUAAUUUGUUCAGUGAGUAAUGUAGAAAACUCAGACAUGUUUAUUGUUGAAACUUACGCGAACUCAUCUUUUGAAGUACAGUUGCCCUUUGGACCUUCUCUUAUGGAAUUAGUGAAGGAUUUACCAAUGAUAUUACUUCGUCAGUAUGAAUAUGAAGAGGCUGAAUUAAGAGCUGGAAAACAUCUAAUGCAUAGUGAUUAUUUUAAGGUUUUGGUUGCUUUGGCCUGUGAUUUGAAGCUAGAUAGUUUCCCUUUAUGCAAUGACAGUCAUAAAUGGUUGUGGUUCAGAAGGUACUGCAUCGCCUCUCGUGUCUGCGCCUCAUUAACUGAACGUGCCGCUCUGCCUCAACCAUUUUGCGAAGAGGUUCGGAAGAAAAUUUGGGAAAUGGCUGAUGAGGAAGAAAGUGUUUCUUAUGAGCAUGAAGAUCAUGCUCAAUUUAAACAGCAGCAUGAUGAACAGCUAGUUCUUUGGGUGAACAGGAGACCUGAAGAUUGGGCAGUAUCUUGGGGUGGAAGUGGCACCAUUUAUGGUUGGGGUCAUAACCACCGUGGUCAGCUCGGUGGGGUAGAAGGUGCUAAAGUCAAACUACCUACUCCCUGUGAAUCGAUCACUAACUUAAGACCUCUCCAUAUAGUUGGUGGUGAACAAACUUUGUUUAUUGUUACAACAGAUAUGAAAGUUUAUGCUACUGGCUAUGGAGCUGGGGGGCGAUUGGGUAUUGGAGGAUCAGAUUCUGUGUCAUCACCCACUUUAUUGGAAAGUAUUCAGGGCAUCGCCAUAAAGAAAGUUGCUGUUAAUUCAGGUGGAAAACAUUGCCUGGCACUUACAGGUUUAGGUGAUGUGUACUCCUGGGGUGAAGGUGAUGAUGGAAAGCUUGGACAUGGAAAUAGAAGUUCUUGUGAUAGACCCAAAAAAAUCGAGAGCCUCAGUGGUGAAAAAGUGAUUGAAAUAGCAUGUGGUGGUGCUCACAGUGCUUGCAUUACAGCAAAUGGUGAUCUUUUCACUUGGGGUAAAGGUCGUUAUGGGAGAUUGGGCCAUGGAGAUAGUGGAGAUGAACUGAAGCCGAAAAGAGUUGAGCUUCUUGCGAAUUAUGAUGUUGUCGAUGUGGCUUGCGGUUCUGGCGACGCUCAAACAUUGUGUAUAACAGACAAUGACUGUGUCUGGUCUUGGGGAGAUGGUGAUUACGGUAAACUCGGAAGAGGUGGCAGUGAUGGCUGUAAAAUUCCUGUCAAAAUCGAUACUCUAACAGGCAUGGGAGUCAUUAAAGUUGAAUGUGGAUCCCAAUUUUCUGUUGCCCUAACAAAAUCAGGAAGUGUUUAUACAUGGGGCAAAGGAGAUUAUCAUCGUUUAGGGCAUGGAACCGAUGACCAUGUACGCAGACCUCGAAAAGUAUCAUCCCUUCAUAAUAAAAAAGUGAUUGCUAUAGCUGUGGGAUCUUUGCAUUGCGUUGUUGCCACUGAUUCAGGAGAAGUUUAUACUUGGGGUGAUAAUGAUGAAGGCCAGCUUGGUGAUGGUUCUACCAAUGCCAUUCAAAGACCACGAUUGGUGCAAGCUUUAUCAGGUAAAAAAAUUAAUAAAGUUGCCUGUGGGUCAGCACACAGUGUUGCCUGGUCCACUUGUAAAAUUAGUCAUACUGGACGAUUGCCCUCUUCCGUUCCUAUGGAAUAUGAUCAUUUGAAAGAUAUUCCAAUAUCUGUGCUACGAAAUCGAUAUUGCUUGUUGUACCACUUCUCGGAACUUUUCUGUGCAUCAGUGACAAUGUUUGAUCUACAAAAUGAUAGUUUCAGGGGACUUUUAGUUUCUUCAGGAAAGGAAGCUGCAUUUCGUAAAGUUCUUCAGGCUACUAUGGUUAGAGAAAGACAACAUGGUCCUAUAAUUGAACUAAACCGGAUGCAGGUGAAGAAAUCAAGAUUAAAAGGUGGUUUCGCUGGGGUUGAUGGUACUAAAUCGGUUUUCGGCCAAAUGACAUCCAAGAUUAGUAUCUUUUGUCAAGAAACUUUACUUCUUCCUCAUCGAGUUUGGAAAGUGAAAUUUGUUGGUGAAAGUGUUGAUGAUUGUGGUGGUGGCUAUAGUGAAUCAAUUGCUGAAAUGUGUGACGAAUUACAAAAUGGUUCUUUACCAUUGUUAAUAUUGACUCCUAAUGGUAGAGAUGAUUCUGGAACUAACAGAGACUGUUUCUUAUUAAAUCCUUCAGCAAAAUCAGCACUGCAUCUUGACAUGUUUAAGUUUUUAGGCAUGCUUAUGGGCAUUGCCAUGAGAACAGGAAGUCCCUUAAGUUUAAAUUUGGCUGAACCAGUAUGGAAGCAACUGACUGGGAUGUCACUCACUUCAUCUGAUUUAACAGAAAUAGACAGAGAUUAUGUUUCAGGACUAUUCAGUGUUCAUUACAUGGAUCCAUCAAGUCUGAGGAAGUUUGAUUUGCCAUUCAACACUCACAGUGCCAGUGGGGAAGAGAUAUUCCUAAGCUCCAAAUACUCCUUUGUUACUCCUGAAAAUCACGUGGAAUACAUUAAAUUAUCUCUUAGUUACAGGAUUCAUGAAUUUGAUGAGCAAAUAGCAGCUGUACGUGAAGGAAUGUCAAAAGUCAUACCGGUUCCUCUACUUUCAUUGUUUACUGGUGCUGAGUUACAAACUAUGGUUUGUGGGAGUCCAGAAAUUCCUAUCCAAUUGUUAAAAGCUGUUGUGACUUAUAAAGGGGUAGAACCGGAUGCCCCCUUAAUACAAGCAUUUUGGGAAGUCAUGGAGGAAUUUAGUACCGCUGAAAGAUCUCUAUUUUUACGCUUCGUCUGGGGUCGAACGAGAUUGCCCAGAACCAUUGCGGAUUUUAGAGGCAGAGACUUUGUUCUUCAGGUCUUGGACAAAUAUAAUCCUCCAGACUAUUUCCUACCAGAGAGCUACACCUGCUUCUUUUUACUGAAGAUGCCUCGUUACUCUUGCAAGGCGGUUCUAAGAGAAAAAUUGAAAUACGCCAUUCACUUCUGCAGGUCCAUCGACACAGACGACUACGCUAGAGUGGUCAUGAACCCUUCUAACGCAGAAUAUUUCCAACCCGGUCCUUACGAGAAUCUAACUGACACAGACGACGAUAUCGAAUCUGGAUCAGACGACCAGAUUGGAGACUCGAUUUCAUUCGCUUCCCAAUAAAAAUGUUUAAUACAGACAAAAGGAAUGAAACCUGUGAUAUUUGUACAGUCAUAUUCAUUUGUUACAUACUUGGAUCAAUCAUUAAGGAAUUUUUUUAUAUCAUUGUUUUCUUCCCCCUCAUAUUUGACUCGCUGUUUUAUCUUUAAAUUAAAAUAAAUUGUUCCAUCUUGA